CAAAACAAAGUCCAACAAACACGUGCGAGCGGUUUCAACGAAAAGAAUUGUAGAUUGUAACAACGUGCUAACUAGUGCUAUCGCUGUAAAUUCGAUCUAUUUGUUCGUUUUAUUCUUCGUGUCGUAAAAUACCACAUCAAAAUGAAGAUCAAACAGUCAAAGAAAAAGCCGGAUUUCCAGAACAUGUCACUGGACAACUUCCUCGACAACAUGGAUGUCGAUGCUGGCGAGGAGGAACCCGAAACGAAACCUAAAAGCAAACUCAAAGCAAAUGGCAUAGACAAGGCGAAGAAAAAGAUAAAGGCGAAAGGGGAGGGCAGCACCAAGGAACAACUUCAACCGGCAGUGAGCGAAUCGAAUCCGAAGAAGAAAGCCGCAAAAACCCUUGAACCGGCGACUGAGGAGACACCCGUGUCGAAAAAGAAGAAAAAGAUUGGUAAAAGUCAACCACUGCCGGCUGAGGAUGAAAGUGUGAAAAAGUCCAAACUUGGAAAGAAGAAACAGAAAGCAAAUGGCAAGGUUAAGGAUAAAAAUGCGUCUUUGGAGGAAGAUACGGAUGAGGAAUACGACGAAGAUGCCGCCAUGGAGGAGGUAGAACGGGAGCAUCAGCUGGCGCUGAGCAAGCUUGAAAAGACCGAUCCGGAGUUGUUCGCGUUUUUGAAGAAGAACGAUGAGAAGCUGCUGAAAUUCGGUGCGAUGGAUAGCGAUAUUUCGGAUUUCAGCGAUUCGGAGGAUGAAGCAGAUAAGGAGGAAGACGAGGAGGAAGGCGUACACAAGCCGUCCGGUAAACUGGAAGUGGCCAGUGACGAGAGUGACUUCGAGCCCGACGAGGAACAGGGCGUCGAGAAGGAUGAAGAAGACGGUGACGAUGGCGACGAGGAGGAGGAGGCAGAAGCUGAUGGCGGGAAGAAAGGCCCCGCGGAGCACGAACCAGGUACGAAAAUAACGUUCAAGAUGCUGAGAGCAUGGACGAAGGACCUGACCACCCUGCCGGUGAAAUACGUGCAUCCGAUUAGGAACAUUUGCUAUGCGUUCAGUUCGGCUAUCCAUACCGUCACGGGAGAUCAAGGCACUAUUCCGCCGUACCGAGUGGAGGGUUCGGCCAUGUUUAAUGCCAUCGUGCAGACGUGCGUCCUGCACCUCGUACCGGCCGUACGCAGCUACCUUCGGCUGACCGAUAAGCGGCAGUUUAAGGACAUCAAAAAAGAUAAAAAAUUCAUAAAGGUUCGCGCCUGCCUUAAAAAUUAUCUGGCCGAUCUGACGAAUCUGAUCGAGAACGUGUCCUCGACGCACAUCAUGUCGGUGCUGCUGAAGCACUUGCACCAGUUCUCGUGGAUCCUCAUUCGGUUUCCACUCUGCACAAAACCGAUCUUGAAGCGUAUGAUCGUCAUCUGGAGUACAUCGGACGAGGAAACGAUUCGCGUCCUGGCGUUCCUUGUUAUCCUGAAGGUAACGUACGCCCAGAAGCGUUACUUGAGCGUGGUCCUGAAGGCAAUGUACUUGGCGUACGUGAAAAACAGCAAGUUUGUCUCGCCAAACACGCUGCCGAACAUCAACUUCAUGCGUCGUUCGCUGUCGGAGCUGUUCUUGAUUGACUUCAACGUGGCGUACCAGCACAUGUUUCUGUACAUCCGCCAGCUGGCAAUCCAUCUGCGAAAUGCAACGGUUCUGCAGAAAAAAGAAAGCCUCCAGUACAUCUACAACUGGCAGUACAUCAAUUCGCUCAAACUAUGGGGCGACAUUUUAGGAACGGCCCACGGCAACGGAAACGCUCUCGAGCCUCUGAUCUAUCCCCUCGUCUCGAUCACGAUCGGUGUGAUCAAGCUGACCCCUUCGGCGCAAUAUUUCCCACUCCGUUUCCACUGUUGUCGUAUCUUGACGCAGCUGAACGCGAAGACGCGCAUCUACAUCCCGGUGCUUCCGUUCCUGGUGGAGGUGCUGAAAUCGAACAGCUUCAACGAGAAACAUAAGAAGCUGUCGCUACGACCCGUCAACUUGACCUGUUUGCUGCGUUUCGCGCCGGCCAAUAUUCAGGAGAACGGUUACAAGGAUGCCGUGCUCGAUCAGAUCUACGAGCUGAUCCUGGAGUUUGCUGCCAACGAGUCCGCCUCGGUCGCAUACCCCGAGAUUGUGCUUCCGAUCAUCCUACAGCUGCGUCAGUACGCCAAGGCGACCACGGUUUACAAGUACGCACGCAAGAUGAAGCAGUUGAGCGACAAGCUGAUGGAAAACUACGAGUUUAUGGAUAAGCGGCGCAGCAAGCUGGACAUCCCGCUGGCUGAUACCGAUCGUAUCCGAGGCUGGGAAGAAACGGUACGAGCUUCGGGCACGCCGCUCCGUACAUUCUACGCCACCUACGCCAAGGAGGCGGAAUCGGCAAAGCGUCGGUUGGCCACCGACUCGGAGAAGAUCGGCGACUACAAUCUGCCGACGUUGAAGAAGGUGGACCGAAAGCCGAAGGAGAAGCAGGACGGUCCGGUGACGCUGUUCCCUUCGGACGACGAAGACGAGGAUGACGAGUCGGUCGGAUUCGGAGACAGCGACGAGGCCGAAUCGGAUGAUGGGGAUAAUGUUGACUCGGAGGCUGAGGAUGAUGAUGCCAUGUCCGGCACGGAGGAUAGCGACGAGGAGGUGGACGACGCUGAAGUAAAGGUUCCACAAGGCAAGCAGAAGAAGAAGCAACAGACGAAUGGCAAACAGUUGAAAAAACAGAAGAAUCCGUCGGCACAGGAAGCCGACGAUUAUCCACUAGAGAACGUAAAAGAUACCGAUCAGGUGGAUAUCUUGCAAGAUUUGAAGCUUGACGAUUGGGACGAUUGAGCGUCGAGUUACAUAUUUAGUUUGUACCAUACCAUCUAUAAAACUUGAAUAAAUGCCGUGUGAAGAAGCAAUUUUUCUUCAUUCAAUGUA